GGGAAAAGAAAUCGGGCUAAUACACCACCAGAUGUGUUACUUAAAAUAUUUGUUUGCUCGACUUUUUUGUUGUUCUUCGGUUUAUAGUUCAUGCGUUUUAGUGGUGAAAAACGUAAAUAUUAGGCAAGAUGCCACCAAAAAGGUCGACGGAAGAAACUGACAAGCUAACGCGAAUCGCCAUUGUCAACACAGACAAGUGCAAACCCAAAAGAUGCAGGCAAGAGUGCAAAAAAUCUUGCCCAGUAGUGCGAAUGGGCAAGCUUUGCAUUGAAGUCACACCGAACAAUAAAAUUGCCUCCAUCUCUGAGGAGCUGUGUAUUGGUUGUGGUAUUUGCGUUAAGAAAUGUCCAUUUGAGGCGAUAUCAAUAAUCAAUCUUCCAAGUAAUUUGGAAAAGGAAACAACACAUCGUUAUUCCAAGAAUUCAUUCAAACUACACAGACUUCCAAUACCACGUCCGGGAGAGGUGCUGGGACUUGUAGGAACCAAUGGAAUAGGAAAAUCAACUGCAUUGAAAAUUUUGGCUGGCAAACAAAAACCUAAUCUGGGAAGGUUUUCUGAUCCCCCUGACUGGACGGAAAUUCUUAGUCAUUUUAGGGGUAGUGAAUUGCAGAAUUAUUUUACGAAAAUUCUAGAAGAUGAUUUAAAAGCUCUCAUCAAGCCUCAGUACGUUGAUCAGAUUCCUAAAGCAGUUAAAGGAACUGUUCAGCAAUUAUUAGAUAAAAAAGAUGAAACUCUGAGUCAAGAUAAAAUCUGUGACAUGUUGGAUUUAUCACACAUAAAAGAUAGAAGUAUAGAGGCAUUAUCUGGAGGAGAAUUGCAACGGUUUGCUUGUGCUAUGGUAUGCAUUCAAGAUGGACAUAUAUUCAUGUUUGAUGAGCCAUCAUCUUAUCUCGAUGUUAAACAACGUUUGAAUGCUGCUCAAACAAUUAGAUCUCUUAUUCAUCCGGACAAGUUCAUCAUUGUAGUAGAACACGAUCUGUCGGUUUUAGAUUAUCUUUCCGAUUUCAUUUGCUGUUUGUAUGGGGUACCCGGUGCUUAUGGAGUUGUUACUAUGCCUUUCUCUGUGAGAGAAGGAAUCAACAUUUUCCUUGACGGGUUUGUUCCUACUGAAAAUUUGCGUUUCCGCGAGGAAUCCUUAGUGUUCAAGGUAGCGGAAAGUGCUACUGAAGAAGAAGUAAAGAGAAUGAGUCACUAUGAGUAUCCUGCAAUGAAAAAGACAAUGGGUUCUUUCAAGUUAGAGGUUGAGAAGGGCCAAUUCACGGACUCUGAAAUUUUGGUUUUACUAGGCGAGAAUGGUACUGGAAAAACUACUUUUAUUAGAAUGCUCGCUGGUAAUUUACCGCCUGAUGAGGGCUCAGGUAAUAUACCUCAAUUGUACAUUAGUUAUAAGCCUCAGAAGAUUAGUCCGAAAUCCCAAGGUUUAGUUAGGCAAUUGUUGCAUGAAAAAAUUCGGGAUGCCUACAUGCAUCCGCAGUUCAUUACUGAUGCAAUGAAACCUUUGAAAAUCGAUGAUAUCAUCGAUCAAGAGGUGCAGAAUUUGUCUGGAGGUGAAUUGCAACGUGUUGCAUUAGCCCUGUGCUUAGGAAAAGUCGCAGAUGUGUAUUUAAUUGAUGAGCCGUCAGCUUAUUUAGAUUCUGAGCAGCGGUUGGUUGCAGCUAAAGUAAUUAAGAGGUUUAUUUUACAUGCAAAGAAAACUGGCUUUGUAGUAGAACACGAUUUCAUUAUGGCAACAUACUUGGCUGAUCGUGUCAUUGUAUUCUCUGGUCAGCCUUCUGUCGAUACAGUUGCGCACAGUCCGCAAUCGUUAUUGAACGGCAUGAAUCGAUUUUUGGAAUUGCUUGGUAUUACAUUCAGACGAGAUCCUAACAACUUUAGACCUCGAAUAAACAAAGCUCAGUCUGUGAAGGACGUGGAACAAAAAAAUGCAGGACAGUAUUUCUUUUUGGAAGAGUAAAAUAUGCUGGAAUACUUCUAUGGAAGGAUUUAUCGAGUGCAGCUGUGCAAACACGGAGUUGCCUGAAAGUAACAUACAACAAGUACAUUUUUUACAAUUCAAUCAUUUGAUAUAAUUUUUUAAAUACAAUUUAAAAGGGGAUUCUGUACGAUAAAUCAAUGAAUUUAUUAAAUGUUUUAAGAUUUUAGCAUAAGUCAAUCAAAUAAAUACUCUGCCACCGA